CUUAUGAAGCUAACCGCCUCAUCUCGCGCUUUGGGAAGCUAGCUUUUCAGCUAGCAAGCUUAAUCGUUUUGCAGGUUUCAUGUCGACCUGAAAACGGCAAAGAAGCGACAAAUAAAGACACCCAGAGUUCGCUAAAGAAGAAAGUAAAGGCUGCACAGAAUAGCAGGACAAUGCCGCACAAUUUCCAACCCGGAGACCUGGUCUUCGCUAAAAUGAAGGGGUACCCCCACUGGCCAGCCAGGAUUGAGGAUGUGGCAGAUGGAGCAGUAAAACCCCCUCCAAAUAAAGUCCCCAUCUUCUUCUUUGGGACCCAUGAAACACCACUUGCUCCGGCCAAACGAUACGCCACCCCCAGAGACUAUAGUUUCUUCUCCGCUAUUAAAGCAUUCCUUGCACCAAAGGACCUUUUUGCAUAUGACAAGUACAGCGAGCGCUAUGGGAAACCUAAUAAAAGGAAGGGCUUCAAUGAGGGCUUGUGUGAAAUCCAGAACAACCCUCACGCCUCAUACAGUGCUCCUGCACCUGUCAGCUCGUCUGACAGUGAAGCCAAUGACUGUGCAGCAGGAAGUGAGGCAGAGGAUGACGAGGAAGCAGUGGUGCCCAGGAAAGCAUAUUCAGGAAGUGAAGUCAAUUCUGACUCAGGAAGUGAGGAUCGAGGAGGGGUGAAGAGGAAGGCCCCUGCUGCCAAGCGGCCCCCUGUGAAGAAGACCCGGGGUUCGUCCAGUGACCGGGAUGGAGAGGAGAGUGGCUCACCCUCGGAGCCAGACCCAUCCCCUUCUGACUCGGACUCUGGGAAGAACAGUGACCAGGACUUCACCCCAGAGAAGAAGGCAGCAGCAGGCCGUGGCGGCGCCGGGAAGAAGGCUGGAGGUGGCAAAGGGAAGAAGGUGGUGUCGUCGGACUCCGACUCUGGGUCUCAGUCAGACAAGAAGAAAGGGGGCAGUGAUUCAGAGGAUCAGAAGCCACGGCCUGCUCUGUCUGGAUCAGAAUCCCAGUCUGGCUCCAAAUCCGACUCUGACUCAGAGCCACAGCCACCUCAACAGAAGGCUCCUCAAGCGCGCAAGAAAGAGAAGCCUCCGCCAAAGCCUCGGGGUGGACGGAAACCCAAAGCUGCCCCGGUCAGAGCACCGGCAUCUUCCUCUGACAGUGAUAGCGACAGUGAGCCGGACCGAGUCAGCGACUGGAAAAAGAGAGAUGAAGAGCGUCGGAAAGAGCUGGAGGAACGGCGGAAGAAGGAGCAGGCAGAGGAGAUCCUCAAGUAUCGGGAGAGGGAGAAGGAAGAAGAAGAGCAGAGAAAGAAGGACAAGGAGAAGGGAAAGAGUAGUGGUGAAAACAGUUCAGAUGAGGGUGUAGAUCACCCACUGAAGAAGUCCAAGAAACCCCCACCGCCCCCCAUCCCCGCCCCCUCCGACUCUGACUCUGGACCUGAGGUGAAAGCAUCUGCAAAGCGUUCAGACAACCAGAAGAAAGGGAGAACAAAGAAAGAGAGGGAUCAUGGUAAAGGCAAAAAGGAGAAAGAUGUGAAGGAAAAGCGAACCCAGCGGUCAGAGGAGAGGCCCCGAGUGAGGUCCAAGCCUGACAAGCCCAAACACAAACCAGAGAGACCUCCAGAGAGGAAAGUUGAGAAGAAAAAAGAGCCAACUCCAGACGAAAAGUUGCAGAAGCUCCACGCUGACAUCAAGUUUGCACUGAAAGUGGACAACCCAGACAUAGAGCGCUGUCUACAGGCCCUGGCGGAGCUGGAAGCUGUGCCGGUCACCAGCCACAUCCUGCAGAAGAACUCGGAUGUUAUUGCCACGCUUAAAAAGAUCCGUCGAUACAAAGCAAGCAGUGACGUAAUGGAAAAGGCCAGCCAGGUCUACAACAAAUUAAAGGGGCAGUUUGUGGUCAAGUCUGAAAUGCCAAGUAAACACAAAGCUGAGGGAAAGGAGCAGGAAGAGAAUGGGAAGGAGACAUCAAACACAGAUGUAACACCUGUGAAUGGGGAAUCAGAAAUCCAGAAAAAGGAAUGCACUGAGCUCGAGGAUACCCCAAAGUCACCGGUCCAGGAAGUGAAUGAUGAGCAUGUGGCUUCAAGCCCCAACAGGCAAAGUCCUGAUAGUCCUGCUGAGCAGCAGACGAACACUGAUGAAACACACCACGCUCUCUCUACAGAACCGACAGCGAUGGAGAGCUGAAGAAAAUGGAAAACAAUUGUUUACCACAGCUAAAAGGAAAGCUCACUAGUCUCGUGCCAGAUACAUGGCGCUCUGCAGACCACUUUGAUGUUCGCCAUUGUAUUUUUCAAUUUUUAUAGGACACCUUGGCCUGUCCCCAAUUCCUCCCCCUCAAGCUACCAUGCUUUUUUUUCUGCCACAUGAACUCUAACUUUGGUCUUUCAUACAGUAUUUAUAAUGAGCGAUUCAAUUUUUAGCACUUCUAACAGGAAAUUGAAGGGGGAGAGGAGUCUUGUUCUGCUUUGAAGUAACUGUACUGUCACGUUAGUCAAGGCAUCUGUUGGCUUUGCUUGAGAAUGAUAUUGAAGCCUACAGAACCUAGAAAAGGCUAAUGGUGGAUAAGUAUGAGUCUGGUACUUUUUGUGAGUUAUUUUAUUUUUUUAUCAUGUCUGUUCUUAUUAAUCCAGUCGCAGCAACAUAUAAAUAUUAAGCCAGUGAAUGAAACCACAUCACAUGUUUUCCAAUUAAGUUCCACCUGUUUUUUUUUGUUGUGUUUUUUUUUACAAUUAUGUUUUCUGAUAUUGCAUCUGCUUUUGAUUUACUGAAUGCUGUGGAAUUAUCCACUGUCAUCUGUUUUUUUCCCUCUACCAUCUGCUUUCAAGAAUUAGCCUACUGAAUGGGAUAAUACACAUUGUGUACAGACCAAAUGAUAUUAUCUUGAUCCAAGUUGUCCAGAUCCCAUGUAGCUGGAGCCCAUUUGACGUAAGUGUUUUUAGUGCUAUGUAAAAUAUUUAGUUGAGUUAAAUCAAGAUCUCAGCGUUGUGGUCAUAAUCUGAACACUUCUGUCAUUGAAGGCUUCAAAGAAGUCCCAUAUUCUCAUAAAUGUAGUUGGAUUGGGGUGUAAUAAAUGUAUACAUACAAGUUGUAAUUUACAACCCUUGUAACCAA